UUCCCUCCAUCCUCCCCCACCCGAAAGCAUCAGCAGCCUCAGCCUCAGCCUCAUCCUCAUCCUCAGCUUCAGCAGCAGCAGCAGCUCCCCAGGCUCCUCUGGUUAUCCCCCAGCAGCGGCGCUCCCACAACGGCCACACGCGCAUCCGAGUGAUGCCACUGCAGCUCGCGCCCGCGACAGCACGCGACACACACUAGAGCCCGCUUCCUUCUUCUUCUGCGAGGAGGGGACCCCGCCAGCCAUCCCUGAGACAUCCACUGCCCAUGAAGAUGUCUAACGCUGACAUGGUCUUGAACGCCACCGAUCGGGUAGUGAAAUCCGUGCCCUUCCCUCUGAGCCACCGCCUCACCAUGAAGGAGGUGUUUGACUGCGAGGGCAAGCCACGGGUGGAUCUGCUUAAAGCCCACCUAACCAAAGAGGGCCGAGUGGAGGAGGCAGUGGCCCUGCGCAUCAUCAACGAGGGCGCUGCCAUCUUACGCCAGGAGAAGACCAUGCUGGACAUUGAGGCACCUGUCACAGUGUGCGGUGACAUCCAUGGGCAGUUCUUUGACCUGAUGAAGCUGUUUGAAGUGGGGGGCUCACCUGCCACAACGCGAUACCUCUUCCUGGGAGACUAUGUGGACCGGGGCUAUUUCAGCAUUGAGUGUGUUUUGUACCUUUGGUCACUGAAAAUCCUCUACCCAAAGACACUAUUUUUACUGAGAGGAAAUCACGAAUGUAGACAUUUGACAGAAUAUUUCACCUUCAAACAAGAAUGUAAAAUCAAGUAUUCGGAGCAGGUGUAUGACUCGUGUAUGGAUGCGUUCGACUGCCUUCCUCUGGCUGCACUCAUGAACCAGCAGUUCCUGUGUGUUCACGGCGGCCUGUCCCCAGAAAUACACACUUUAGACGACAUAAAGAAGUUGGACCGGUUUAAGGAGCCCCCAGCAUUUGGGCCCAUGUGUGACCUCCUGUGGUCAGACCCCUUGGAGGACUUUGGCAAUGAGAAGAGUCAGGAGUACUUCAGCCACAACACAGUCAGAGGCUGCUCCUACUUCUACAGUUAUCCAGCUGUGUGCGAGUUCCUACAGAAUAAUAACUUGUUAUCAGUCAUCCGAGCACACGAAGCACAAGAUGCAGGAUACCGGAUGUACAGGAAGAGUCAAACCACUGGCUUCCCCUCCCUAAUCACCAUCUUCUCCGCCCCAAACUAUCUUGAUGUUUACAAUAACAAAGCGGCUGUCUUGAAGUAUGAGAACAAUGUGAUGAACAUUCGACAGUUUAACUGCUCCCCCCAUCCCUACUGGCUGCCAAACUUCAUGGACGUGUUCACCUGGUCUCUGCCCUUUGUAGGAGAGAAAGUCACAGAGAUGCUAGUGAAUGUGUUGAGCAUCUGCUCUGAUGAUGAGCUGAUGAACGAUGGAGACGAGAUCUUUGAUGCCAACGCAGCAGCUGCUCGGAAAGAGGUGAUUAGGAACAAGAUCCGUGCCAUUGGGAAGAUGGCCAAGAUGUUCUCUGUGCUAAGAGAGGAGAGUGAGAAUGUGUUGACCCUGAAGGGCCUGACUCCUACCGGCAUGCUGCCCAGUGGAGUGCUGUCUGGGGGCAAGCAGACUCUACAGAGCGCCACCAUCGAGGCCAUCGAAGCCAUCGAGACUGAAGCAAGUGACGGCGAAGCCAUUCGCGGCUUUUCUCCACAGCACAAGAUCAGCAGCUUCGAGGAGGCUAAGGGCCUAGACCGCAUCAAUGAGCGCAUGCCUCCCCGUAAAGAUGGGGUGAACCACGUGGGCCACUCCAUGGGAAAAAUGAACAUGUCCGAGGCCAACGGCACUGAUGAUAACAGCAACAUCCAGUGAUGCAGCGGCCGCCUGCCUGCCCACACCCAAGUCCAUGCGACUGCUGCAGCAUGUGGCAGGAUAUCGCCAAACCCGUAAUUUAAGGCCUCCCGAUACCAACAAAACCCCCAGCAACAUAACACUGCAUAUGCAUCCACCUCUGCUCCAAUAUCCAAUUAGACAAGAAAACUUCUCCAAGUUCAAAUCUUUCGCAGAAGUGGGUGGAAGGCAAUCUCUUUUUUUGCUGCCAGUUUACUGUACGUGAGUUUCUUGAAGUUCUGCCACUGUUCAGGUGUGUUUAGAAGGCUACGAAAGGAUGGGGGUGGAUUUUUUUCCCAGAUUUGGGGGAGGGGGGUUGAUGUUAACCAAUGGCUGAAAGUGUCUUUCUCAGAGGGGGGGGCAGUUCCUAUGGCUGUUCUGCCAAUUACUUUCUGACUCCACCCAUACACCAAAGUGGGCGGGGUCUAGGGAUUAGAACUCUCUCCUAAACCUGAUCCAUCGCAGCUCAUCGGUGGGGGUGGCCAGCCAGUACCAAUGCCACGCACACGUCUUAAUAUUUUGAUUACCAGUUUUCUUCAUGAGCCCAUCUCAUAAUGAAAUUAUCUCACUGUUGAAACAUGUUUUGCUACUAGUAUUAAUGAAUACAAAAAUUGAAAUGACAAAAAAAAAAACGAAAUGUUUGUAAGAAAGGACAUUUAAAGAGAAAAAAUAUGUACAUUUUAUUACUUGCAAUGCAAUCUUA